CACACAGACACACAGACACACACACACACACACAGACACAGACACACAGACACACACACACACACACACACACACCAUCCCCUGAGUCAGCUCUUCGCCUGGCCAGGAGGGGCGGGGUCACUGAUUCAGUUAAAGCCCCCACAAGGGCAGCUGCAGCCAGACGCUGCUACCCUCACCAUGAGCCCCUGGCAGACCUUGGUUCUGGUGCUCCUGGUGCUGCGCUGCUGCUCUGCCGCCCCCAGACCACGCCAGCCCACCUUUGUGGUCUUCCCAGGAGACCAGCAAACCAAUCUCACCGACAGGCAGCUGGCAGAGGAAUAUCUAUACCGCUAUGGCUACACUCACGUGGCAGAAAUGAAUGAGGACGAGGACUCCUUGCGACGGGCACUGCAACGUCUCCAGCGGCGCCUGGCCCUGCCAGAGACUGGCGAACUGGACACCACCACCCUGAAUGCCAUUCGUGCCCCGCGCUGUGGCGUCCCAGACGUGGGCAAAUUUCUGACCUUUGAGGGUGACCUCAAGUGGCACCACCAAAACAUCACCUACUGGAUCCAAAACUACUCGGAAGACUUGCCCCGCGAUGUGAUCGACGACGCCUUUGCCCGUGCCUUCGCGCUCUGGAGCGCCGUGACGCCGCUCACCUUUACUCGCGUGUACGGCCGCGAAGCUGACAUCGUCAUCCAGUUUGGUGUUAGGGAACACGGAGAUGGGUAUCCCUUCGAUGGUAAGGACGGGCUCCUGGCACACGCCUUUCCUCCUGGAGGGGGCAUUCAGGGAGACGCCCACUUCGAUGAUGAAGAGUUGUGGUCCCUGGGCAAGGGCGUCGUGGUUCCGACCUACUUCGGAAACGCAAAUGGCACCGCCUGCCACUUCCCCUUCACCUUCGAAGGCCGCUCCUACUCGGCCUGCACUACGGACGGCCGCUCCGACGACAUGCUCUGGUGCAGCACCACGGCCGACUAUGACACAGACCGCAAGUUCGGUUUCUGCCCCAGCGAGAGACUCCACACCCGGGACGGCAAUGCCGACGGCAAGCCCUGCGUGUUUCCGUUCACUUUCGAGGGCCGCUCCUACUCUGCCUGCACCACCGACGGUCGCUCGGACGGCUACCGCUGGUGCGCCACCACCGCCAACUACGAUCAGGACAAGCUCUAUGGCUUCUGUCCUACCCGAGCCGACUCGACGGUGACUGGGGGCAACUCGGCGGGAGAGCUGUGCGUCUUCCCCUUCACCUUCCUGGGCAAGGAGUACUCGACCUGCACCAGAGAGGGCCGCAAUGAUGGGCACCUCUGGUGUGCCACCACCUCGAACUUCGACAGAGACAAGAAGUGGGGCUUCUGCCCAGACCAAGGAUACAGCCUGUUCCUUGUGGCUGCACACGAGUUCGGCCACGCUCUGGGCUUAGAUCACUCGUCUGUGCCAGAGGCGCUCAUGUACCCCAUGUACAGCUACACUGAGGAGAACCCCCUGCAUGAGGACGAUGUGAGGGGCAUCCAGUAUCUGUAUGGUUCUCGCCCUAAACCUGAACCACGGCCUCCAACCACCACCACAGCUGAACCCCAGCCCACGGCUCCCCCGACGGUCUGCGUCACCGGGCCUCCCACUACCCGCCCCUCAGAGGGCCCCACUGCUGGCCCCACAGGCCCCCCUUCAGCUGGUCCCACAGGUCCCCCCACUGCUGGCCCUUCUGCGGCCCCUACAGCGCCCUUGGAUCCAGCAGAGGAUGUCUGCAAAGUGGAGAUCUUCGAUGCCAUCGCCGAGAUCGGCAAUCGUCUGCAUUUCUUCAAGGACGGGAGGUACUGGAGACUCUCUGAGCGCGGGGGACGCUGGGUGCAGGGCCCCUUCCUUAUCAAGAACACGUGGCCUGCGCUGCCCCGAAAGCUAGACUCUGCAUUUGAGGAGCCACUCACCAAGAAGAUUUUCUUCUUCUCUGGGCGCAAAGUGUGGGUGUACACAGGCGAGUCGGUGCUAGGCCCGAGGCGUCUGGACAAGCUAGGCUUGGGACCGGAGGUGCCCCAGGUCACCGGGGCCCUCCCGCGCGCCGAGGGUAAGGUGUUGCUGUUCAGCAGGCAGAACUUCUGGAGGUUCGAUGUGAAGACGCAGAAAGUGGAUCCCCGGAGCGCCACCCCCGUAGACCAGAUGUUCUCCGGGGUGCCCUUGAACACUCACGACAUCUUCCAGUACCAAGAGAAAGCUUACUUCUGCCAGGACCGCUUCUACUGGCGUGUGAGUUCCCGGAAUGAGGUGAACCAGGUGGACUAUGUGGGCUACGUGUCCUUUGAUCUUCUGCAGUGCCCCGAGGACUAGGGCUCCCCAUCCUGCUUCAGCACUGCAGUGUGGGUCCCCACGGGGAUCAGUCUGCUUGGUACAAACUGGUGGGUCUUUUCUGGAGGACAAGGAGGAGUGGAGGUGGGCUGGGCCCUCUCUUCCCACCUUCCUAUUUUGUUGGAAUUUUUUUUAAUAAACUUGGAUUCUUUAACCUUGA